CGUUAGAGCUCUCAACUUUUUUUCUCCACAACCCUCUCUCUCUCUCUCUCUCGGUUUCAUUUCAGUUAUAACUUUCUGGAAUUGAAGAAUUGAACAGCUACAUUUCGAUUCUUCGACUUGGAAAAAGGAACAGAAGAACGGAGAUUCCAAGUGAAAGCAAAGAAUCUAGGUUGUGUUUUUUUUUGUCUUUUAAGCGAAGGGGAUGGUUAAACCAACCCAGAAGAUGAUUACCAUGGUUGAGCAAUAGAAUUGUUAGUGGGAUCAAUUAAUGGCUGUUGCUGGUUUACAAAAUGUUUCCAUGCUUCAGUCAUCUUUUGAUAGGGAGUCUUCAGUCUCCACUCUCAUGGCGGUGGGGUAAUCAUCAUGAUAGGCCGAGCACCUGAGGCUCUUCUCUUCUGUAAAUGUGGCGGGAACUCGAGGGUGAGCAUAUAGUGAGUCAUUCCCAUUUGAGAGUUGGAGGUAGACUACGGCAAAAUAGGAUUGAUGGCUCGAAUUCUGAUCUUGUGAAUGCGUAUUUGUCUGAGAAACUCGAUAGUGAUAAUGGAGAUAGCUUGGAGUUGGAGGAUAACAAUGAAAAUUCAAAACAUGAGGAUGAGAACAGUUCUAGCUCAGAGCAGUCCACUGAUUUUGGGGAAGUUGAAAGGGAAAGGGUGAGACAAAUAUUCCGGGAAUGGAUGAAUAGUGGAGUAAGCGGUGUUGCAUCCAAUGUUUCCCCUGUGAAAAGUUAUUCAAGGGCACCAUGGCUUGGUGAAAAUGAGUGUGCGAGGGUGAGGAUUAUAAGGGAGUGGGUACGAAUGACUAGCCAGCAGAGAGGCACUUGUGGUGGUGGCAGUAGAGAAGAACAACCCGUUGAAAUUGAUGCUGAAAUUGAACGAGUUCGGGAUGGAUUUGUUGUUAAUCAUUGUGAGAUUGGUGCUCGAAGGAAAAUCCACAGAUUUUGUGGCAGACAGGCUUUGCUUGAUUUGUUGGCAAGGUCUGAGGGGGAAAGGCAAAGAGAACUCCAGGAGUUGUUGGAGCGUCGGCCUGUAUCUGAUUUUGCUCACCGUAAUCGCAUUCAGUCAAUAUUGAGAAGUAGAUUCUUGCAAAGUGGAAGAUUGGUCCAAGACGAGAGACCCUCCUCUUCUGUGGCAGCAAGUGAAUUGGGUUUUUUAAGGCUAAGACACACCGUCUCUGGUUUAAGGUAUUUGGUUUUAAUGCUAUAUCUACAAAAAGAGUGUCUUCUUUCUUUUUAUUUCUCAAAAAUAUUUUUCCUGCACUAACUAUCAUGCAAGGUUGC